AUGGACUCUGUGAUUGACCUUAUGCAUGAUUUAGUUGACCCAAAGCUAGAGAUACCUGAUAAUUUCUUUAAGGCAAAGAGGUUGGUAUCAAAGUUAGGAUUGUCAUCGAUGAGAAUUCAUUGUUGUGAAAAUGGUUGCAUGUUAUACUAUAAGGAUGAUAUUGAUCUAGAAUCGUGUAAGUUUUGUGGAAAAUCUUGUUAUAAGCAGACUCCUAGUGGGAAGAAAGUUCCUAUUAAGGCGAUGCAUUACUUACCUCUUAUACCAAGGUUAAAGAGGUUGUAUGCAUCUAAUAGAUCUGCUCCUCAUAUGAGAUGGCACCAUGAAAAUAGAAGACCACCUGGUGUUAUGUGCCAUCCUUCCGAUGGAGAGGCCUGGAAGCAUUUUGAUAGAACAUAUCCACAGUUUGCAACCGAACCACGGAACAUUAGAUUGGGUUUAUGUUCAGAUGGAUUCACGCCACAUUCUGUUUCUGCUGCACCAUAUUCUUGUUGGCCUGUAUUUGUAACACCAUUUAAUCUUCCACCUGAGAUGUGCAUGACCAGUCCAUAUAUAUCUCUCAAUUGUGUCAUUCCUGGCCCACGGAAUCCAAAAGUCUUGAUUGAUGUAUACUUGCAACCUUUGAUUGAUGAGUUGAAACAAUUGGUGGAUCAUGAGUUUAGGAGUAUGAAAAAUGCAUUCAGAAAGAAUACUGUUGAACAAGGUUGUCCUCCUCCAAUCUUGACUGGAGAACAAGUUUGGGAGAGGGUUCAACAAUUUCCAAAGGUUACAGAAGAACAGCUGUACAAAUUUGAUGGAUAUGGUGUUGCACAUAAUUGGACAAAACAAAGCAUAUUCUGGGAGUUACCAUAUUGGAAGGAUAAUCUACUUCGACAUAAUCUUGAUGUCAUGCAUAUCGAAAAAAAUUACUUUGAUAAUUUAUUCAACACAGUAAUGGAUGUCAAUGGCAAGACAAAAGAUAAUGUUAAAGCUAGAAUGGACUUACCAGAAUAUUGUAGGCGAAAAGAGUUAUGGUUGCAAGAGAAACAGAACAACAAGUUCUUCAAGCCUAAGGCUAGUUAUUCAUUUACAUUGGAUCAAAAACGUAAAAUAUGUGAAUGGGUCGAGCAACUUAAGAUGCCUGAUGGGCAUGCUUCAAAUUUGGGAAAACGUGUCGAUAUGGAGCACGGAAAAUUACAUGGUAUGAAAAGUCAUGAUUGCCAUGUCUUCAUGGAAACAUUACUCCCCAUUGCAUUUAGUGGCUUGCCCGAUAGAAUUUGGAAACCUAUGACUGAAAUUAGUUUGUUCUUCAAGGACUUGUGUUCUAAUACGUUAAGGGAAGACAACCUAGUUCAGAUGGAUCAGAAUAUUCCUAUAAUUACAAAUAAGUUGGAGAAGAUUCUUCCACCUGGAUUUUUCGAUGUGAUGGAGCAUCUUCCUGUACAUCUGGUGCAUGAAGCACGCCUCGGAGGUCUGGUUCAAUAUAGAUGGAUGUAUCCAUUUGAGAGGACUAUUGGAGAGUCUAAACGGGGCAUGAAGCAAAAACUUAGACUUGAAGGCUCAAUGGUUGAAUUCCAUCUUGCUAGGGAGAUAGCUGAUUUUGGUUCUUAUUACUUCGAAAGUAGUGUGCCAUGCUUUCAAAAUAGACCCAAUCACCAUGACGAUGGUGGUGAGACUAUAAAGCCACUAUCAAUCUUCAAUCAACCAGGCAAAGGUUCAAAAAAACGUACAAGGAGGAAUCUUAGUGCCAUGGAGUUUAAGUCUGCAUCGACACAUGUCUUGUUGAAUUGCCCACAAGUUAAACCAUUUCUUGAGUAA